AUGGGAUUCCUCUUUUCCCUCAUCACACUAACAAUAUUCCUCUCACUACAAACCUCAAAAUCAGAUCAAAACCAACACCUUCUUCUUGAUCAAAUAAUCAAAGACUACACAUUCAAAUCAUACACCACAAACUCCAAAACCGGCAAACUCCACGCCAUCAAUCUACCGUCCAAUCUCUCGGGCGUAAAAGCCGACGCAAUAAAACUGCGCUGCGGCAGUCUUCAAAGAUACGGCGCCAAGAUUCAAGAAUUCCGAUUAAGCAGCGGAUUAAAUAUCCGCCCUUGCGCCAAACGAGUCAUCCUCCUACGACAGAACCUCGGGUCUAACUGGUCGUCCAUCUACUACAACAGCUACAAGUUAUCGUCAGCGUAUCAACUCAUUGCACCUGUCUUAGCCCUACUAGCUUACACCGGUCCCGGCAAAAACGUCAGCACUAUCGAAAUGCCAGCUGGCAAAAACCCGAUUGCUAUCGACUUCAGCAGCACCGAAUUUCUCAACGAUAUGUUACCUGCAGGGAUAAUAAGCCCUUUAUGUGUUAGGUUCGACGAAAAUGGGAAGAUCACUUUCUUGAACCGAACGGGGCCUAACAACGUGUGCGUUUCGACUAGUAACGGCUACUUCGGGUUGGUGGCGGAAAUGCCGUUGUAUAUGACGGCCGCGUUGAAGAGCGGCGGGAAAGAGGUCGGUAAGUGGAAGAUAGUGACGGUGGGCUCGAUCGGAGGCGCGUUGGGGGCGGCGCUACUGAGUUUGCUGACGAUAGCGAUGUUUGUGAACGCGAAGAAGAAGAUCAAGAAGGAGGAGAUGGAUGAGUUGGAGAGAAGGGCUUAUGAAGAGGAGGCUCUGCGAGUUUCCAUGGUUGGCCAUGUCAGGGGUAAUUCUGGUAAUUCAUGUACGAGGACUACUGUGCCCACUAUUCACCAUUAUUAUCAUGACUGUAAUAAAUAAACAUCCUCGUUCUUGAAUUAUUU